ACGUCAUUAAAGACUCACUCUUUGUGGAUAACCCUGUAUAUUAGAACGUGAUAAAGACAUUGUUAUUUUAUUUCAGAUCUAGACCUCGGGCUCAUCUUGCACAGAUCAACAAUGAGUUUGGAACAUGGAUUUAAUUAUGGAACAAGAUUAGGAUCAGGAAUAGGUUUGGGACCAGGAGAAGGGUUGGUAUCAGGAGCAGGGUUGGGAUCAGGAGUAGGGUUGGGAUCAGGAGUAGGAUUGGGAUCAGGAGCAGGGUUGGGAUCAGAGCAAGUGUUGGGAUCGGCAGAGGGUGGAAAACUGCUUCAAUCCCUAGCAGAUAAAUAUAGUAGAAGGCAAAAUAAUCUUCACGGAGCUAGCAGCAGUUCACAUUAUAAAGGGUAUACAGGAGGAGGAGGAGGAGAAGAUGGUCCUGGUCCUGAUCCUGUUCUCUGGUUUCCUGGGGGAGCUGCAGAUUGCGGAGCAGCAGCAGGAGGUGGAGGUGGAAUGAGUACAUUUAGUUUGAUCGCUCUUCUUCUCACUGUAUUCAAUAUAAUUGAUCUACUAGUGAGCAAUGCCAACAACAACAACAACCGCAACAACAUCAACGAUAACACCAACAACCAAAAUCUUAACAGUAAUACUGAGAGUAAUACAAACCCAGGACAAUCAUCAGCUAAUCAGGUUAUGAUGGUUCCUCCCGGAGUAGGACGGAGGAAACGUGAAGAACGAUCUGGAGAAGAUAUAUACCUGGAGAUAGAGAACCUGAACCUGAACCCGGAGAAACAGAUCCAGAACCAAACCAUCUCCUUGACACUUUUCAGUAGAUCGGAUCCAACAUUUAGGAAUAUAUCAGCAUACUUUCAUAAUAUCAACAGAAUGUCCCGUGAUGAUAUUAAAGAUGAACUUGGACUUGGAGCAACGAUGCUUCUUAACUCCUGGCAUAUUAAUCAAGCCGGGGCUAAACAUUGUGCAGCUAGGAGUAUAUGUGAACUAGGACUGAACGGUGGAGUGUGGGGAGAUGUUUCCUCUAAUCUGACUCAGUUUAUAGGACAUAUUAUAGCUAGGUGGUUGAGUGAAGAUGAAAUAUCGGAGCGCCAACUACUGGAGGCUCUAGCGAGGGGUCAACGCUCCGCUCAAGAAUUCAGAGCGACAGUGGAAGAAUUUGGAGAGAAUAGUCUAGACACAGAGAAGGAUGAAGGAUCGGAUACUACCUUGGAUGAAGGAUCGGAAGCUACCGAGGACGAGGGUUCGGAGAAUGACGAGGAUAUAGAUCCUGGAUGUGAAUAUUAUGAUACUGUGUGCCCAGUAUGGAUCUGGAAUAUAAUCGCUAAAAAUAUCAAACAAAAAAGUGAUCAAAUAUAUAAUUUUUAA